AUGAGAGUUCACGCGCAAGCUGAUGGCCGUACCCACAAGAAAGUCAUCAAAAGAUGUUCGGAAAAUUUCGAGAUCUCAUCGGUUCUUUCAUUCAACGAGUUGACGAAGAGAAGACGCGCCUCCUUUGAAUCAACAUCGAGUUUAAACAUCGCAAGUAUUAAAGUUUCACCCCGAAUCCCCAUUCUCAAAUGUUCGUCAAUCAAAUCAUCGCCAUCUCAAGAAGAAAAAUGUUCAAUUUCGAAAUUGAUUGACGAUGAAAAUUCAUUGGAUUUUCACUCAAUCUCGUAUUGCGAAUCGAAUAACGAGAAAGAGAAUGUGAAUCUCUUCGACGAGGUCAUCUCACCAUUCAAACGUCGAACGAUUUCUAAAGGAGGAGGAAACAAGACGAAUCGCUCAUUCUCCAAAAAAUCGGUCGUAGCCUCGCGAAAAAGUACUCUAGAAUCAAAGGCUGCAAUUUGCCAAAGCACAAAAAGAGAGGCUCAAAGCGAGUCCAGCAUGGAGUCAAAGCCAAAUUUACUACAACAAAGGAUCAUUGACGAAAGAAUAGAAGAAACUCCAGAGAAACCAUUCAGACUCUCAGAUUCUCUGAUUCCAUCGCCGAGUAAAACACCGGAAGCUUGUUUCCUUAACUUAAUCGAAGAUGAUCUCUUUUUGAGCGAUGAAGACGUUGAUCGACCAGGAAAAAGCGACUCUCUUCUGAUAAAGACGAUGGAUGAAGGGAAUUCUGUUUUCUCGAACGAAAAGCUACAAUCGAUAAAAAGCAGCACGAACAUCGGAGAAAUUUCGUGCAAAGCAGAAACGCUUUCCAGCUUUUUCACGGCUUCACAGUUCAAAUGUCCGGCAACACAAGAGAAUGAAUCUCCGAAUCUUCCACUUCCAUUUGAGAUUUUCUACACUCCACCAAAGCCAUUCUCAAAUUUUACCCAACCAGCCACGCUCAAACGGGAAUUGUUCGAUGAUUUGGAGGAGAGUUCGCCGAUCAAAUGGCAUAAUCCAUGUGCGAGUCAGGAAACGAUUGUAAAGAAUGAACCACAAGUGCCGGCGCCUUUAAUACGACGACGGGGAACAAUCGAAUCGGACAUUACAAUUGUCGAUGGGCCCACCCAACUAGCCGCCCGACGAGGAUAUGAAAUUGAUGAAAGUAGUCAGGGAUCCUCUCGUUCGAGUUUCAACGAAAAUGCGGAGAGACGCUCAUCGAUGUCACUUUUUAUCGGAUCGAAUCACGAGCUGCCACCUGGAUUUGAUGAUGCGUUUAAUGCGACAAAUCCUCAUGAAACUUCUUUUCGACGUCGUGCACUGACCGGUUUGCCGCUCACCUUGCAGAACUAUUUUUCCGCGAAACGCUCCGAACAGAAUAUCGAACGACGAAAGCGGCAAACGAGAAUGACAGCUAUCGAUUUGGUGAUUGACGAGAACAAAACAAGGCAAUGCUGGGGAGUUGAGUUCUUGUCAUCUUCUCGCGGUGAAAUCAUUCGUCGUCCAUCGAAGAAUUCGUCUCGUCCCUCGGAUAAAAUUCAUUCCACAUACAAUUCUCUUCGAUUAUCCGAUGCAAAUGAAGUAAUAAUUGAUCCGACUUUUCUC